AUGGUGCUUUCUAGAAAGUCUCGUGAUCUUAAUGAGCAUGUCAUCAUAGUAUAUUUUGGUGAGCCAAGAGAUAAAAUUAAAUUUGCAGAAUAUGUUUGUUUAUGGGAUCAAGCCGACAUCAAAGCUGCAGCUACCUAUAGCAGAAAAGAAUUAGCUACUAGUAUAAGAAGCAGAGUGAGUAAUUUAUUUAUUGGAUUUUGUAAUAGUAAUUGA